AUGUUAUAUUUUCUUACAGAAAUAGUAGAAGAAAGAGCCAGCAUUCGAACAUUCACUCCAUUUUAUUUUCUGGUGGAGCCAGUGGAUACACUCUCUGUUAGAGGCUCUUCUGUUAUAUUAAACUGUUCAGCAUAUUCUGAGCCUUCUCCAAAAAUUGAAUGGAAAAAAGAUGGAACUUUUUUAAAUUUAGUAUCAGAUGAUCGACGCCAGCUUCUCCCAGAUGGAUCUUUAUUUAUCAGCAAUGUGGUGCAUUCCAAACACAAUAAACCUGAUGAAGGUUAUUAUCAGUGUGUGGCCACAGUUGAGAGUCUUGGAACUAUUGUCAGCAGAACAGCCAAGCUCACAGUAGCAGGUCUUCCAAGAUUUAUCAGCCAACCAGAACCUUCCACAGUUUAUGCUGGGAGCAGUGCAAUUCUGAAUUGUGAAGUUAAUGCAGAUUUGGUCCCCUUUGUGAGGUGGGAACAGAACGGACAGCCCCUUCUUCUGGAUGAUAGAGUUAUCAAACUCCCGAGUGGAACACUGGUUAUCAGCAACGUGACUGAAGGAGAUGGGGGACUUUAUCGCUGCAUAGUUGAAAGUGGUGGGCCACCAAAGUAUAGUGAUGAAGCUGAAUUGAAGGUUCUUCCAGAUCCCGAGGUAACUUCAAACUUGGUAUUUUUGAAACAACCUUCUUCCUCAGUGAGAGUCAUUGGUCAGAGUGCAGUGUUGCCGUGCGUUGCCUCAGGACUUCCUGCUCCAGCCAUUAGAUGGAUGAAGAAUGAGGAGGCCCUUGACAUAGAAAGCUCUGAAAGAUUGGUGUUGCUGGCAGGUGGUAGCCUGGAGAUCAGUGAUCCCGGGGCCUUUAAAUUGGCCAGUAGACACCCCAGGGGCGUCUCGCGGGGAAUUUUAGAAGAUUGGCUACCCAUGUCGCCCCAACCCGAACGGGGAAGCGGACAGGAACAGUAUCCUGACUGUGGAGGCAACAAAAGUCUGGGGGAUGUCUCCGCCGAGACUAGUGUGCUGGAACGGAAAGGGGUGAGAGGAAUUCAGGCGUCCCCGAAUAGCCUCAACCCCUGGAACGGGAGAGCCUCCGACGUGGGCCCACGGUUUAAUGGACAGGGAACAGUAUCCCAGAGAAGAGAGGCUCCCAGCGGGGGAUCCGGGUUGGGACAACAUAGGGUGACUCACCCAGGCCGAGGUCGUCAAUCAGGGACUCGAAGGCAGUCAGCGGAGGUCCUGGUCCAGAAUGCGAGAACAGCUUGUAAUACUCUUAAUUUUAAGCUCUUCAGUAUAGUCAACUUAGUAAAUAGUUCUCAACAAGGAGCUGGGAAAACUCAACCUGAAUUCCUGAAGCAACCUACUAAUAUAUAUGCUCAUGAAUCUAUGGAUAUUGUGUUCGAAUGCGAAGUGACUGGGAAACCAACUCCAACUGUGAAGUGGGUCAAGAAUGGGGAUAUGGUUAUCCCAAGUGAUUACUUUAAGAUUGUAAAGGAACAUAAUCUUCAAGUUUUGGGUCUGGUGAAAUCAGAUGAAGGGUUCUAUCAGUGCAUUGCUGAGAAUGAUGUUGGAAAUGCACAAGCUGGAGCCCAACUGAUAAUCCUUGAACAUGAUGUUGCCAUCCCAACAUUACCUCCCACUUCACUGACCAGUGCCACUACUGACCAUCUAGCACCAGCCACAACGGGACCAUUGCCUUCAGCUCCUCGGGAUGUGGUGGCCUCCCUGGUCUCUACUCGCUUCAUCAAAUUGACAUGGCGGACACCUGCGUCAGAUCCUCAUGGAGACAACCUCACCUACUCUGUAUUCUACACCAAGGAAGGAAUUGCUAGGGAACGUGUUGAGAAUACCAGUCGCCCAGGAGAAAUGCAGGUAACCAUUCAAAACCUGAUGCCAGCGACAGUGUACAUCUUUAGAGUCACGGCUCAAAAUAAGCAUGGCUCAGGAGAGAGUUCAGCGCCACUGCGGGUGGAAACACAGCCUGAGGUUCAGCUCCCUGGCCCAGCACCUAACAUUCGAGCAUAUGCAACUUCACCUACUUCAAUCACUGUCACAUGGGGAACACCAUUGUCUGGCAACGGGGAAAUUCAAAAUUACAAAUUGUACUACAUGGAAAAAGGGACUGAUAAAGAACAGGAUAUUGAUGUUUCAAGUCACUCCUAUACUGUUAAUGGGUUGAAAAAGUAUACUGAGUAUAGUUUCCGAGUGGUGGCCUACAAUAAACAUGGUCCUGGAGUCUCCACACAAGAUGUUGCUGUUCAAACGUUAUCAGAUGUUCCCAGUGCUGCUCCUCAGAACCUGUCCUUAGAAGUGAGAAAUUCGAAGAGCAUUAUGAUUCACUGGCAGCCACCUCCUCCAGCCACACAAAAUGGUCAGAUUACUGGCUACAAAAUUCGCUACCGAAAGGCCUCCCGAAAGAGUGAUGUCACUGAGACUUUGGUAACUGGGACACAGCUGUCUCAGCUGAUUGAAGGUCUCGAUCGGGGAACUGAAUAUAAUUUCCGAGUGGCUGCUCUAACAAUCAAUGGCACAGGCCCGGCAACUGACUGGCUGUCUGCUGAAACUUUUGAAAGUGACUUAGAUGAAACUCGUGUUCCUGAAGUGCCUAGUUCUCUUCAUGUCCGCCCUCUUGUCACGAGCAUCGUAGUGAGCUGGACUCCUCCAGAGAAUCAGAACAUUGUGGUCAGAGGUUAUGCCAUUGGUUAUGGCAUUGGCAGCCCUCAUGCCCAGACCAUCAAAGUGGACUAUAAACAGCGCUAUUAUACCAUCGAAAAUCUGGAUCCCAGCUCUCACUACGUGAUAACCCUGAAAGCGUUCAACAACGUGGGUGAAGGCAUCCCCCUGUACGAGAGUGCCGUGACCAGGCCGCACACAGUGCCAGAUCCCACUCCCAUGAUGCCACCAGUGGGAGUUCAGGCUUCCAUUCUGAGUCAUGACACCAUACGGAUUACGUGGGCGGACAACUCCCUGCCCAAACACCAGAAGAUUACAGACUCGCGAUACUACACAGUUCGGUGGAAAACCAACAUCCCAGCAAACACGAAAUACAAGAAUGCAAAUGCAACAACUUUGAGUUAUUUGGUGACUGGUUUAAAACCGAAUACACUCUAUGAAUUCUCUGUGAUGGUGACCAAAGGUCGAAGAUCAAGCACCUGGAGUAUGACAGCCCAUGGGACCACCUUCGAAUUAGUUCCUACUUCUCCACCCAAGGAUGUGACAGUGGUGAGUAAAGAGGGAAAGCCUAGGACCAUAAUUGUGAAUUGGCAGCCUCCCUCUGAGGCGAAUGGCAAAAUCACAGGUUACAUCAUAUAUUACAGUACGGAUGUGAACGCGGAGAUACACGACUGGGUUAUUGAGCCUGUCGUGGGAAAUAGGCUGACUCACCAGAUCCAAGAGCUAACGCUUGAUACACCGUACUACUUCAAAAUCCAAGCCCGGAACUCAAAGGGCAUGGGGCCCAUGUCUGAGGCUGUCCAGUUCAGAACACCUAAAGCGGACUCCUCUGAUAAAAUGCCUAAUGAUCAAGCCUCGGGAUCUGCAGGAAAAGGAAGCCGGCUGCCAGACCUAGGAUCUGACUACAAACCUCCAAUGAGUGGCAGUAACAGCCCUCACGGCAGCCCCACCUCUGUAGACAGUAAUAUGCUGCUGGUCAUCAUUGUUUCCGUUGGCGUCAUCACCAUCGUGGUGGUCGUGAUCAUCGCUGUCUUUUGCACCCGGCGCACCACCUCUCACCAGAAAAAGAAACGAGCUGCCUGCAAAUCAGUGAAUGGCUCUCACAAGUACAAAGGGAAUUCCAAAGAUGUUAAACCCCCAGACCUCUGGAUCCAUCAUGAGAGACUAGAGUUGAAGCCAAUUGAUAAGUCUCCAGACCCAAACCCCAUCAUGACCGACACGCCCAUUCCUCGCAACUCUCAAGAUAUCACACCGGUUGACAAUUCCAUGGACGGCAAUAUCCAUCAAAGGCGAAAUUCAUACAGAGGGCACGAAUCAGAAGACAGCAUGUCUACACUGGCUGGAAGGCGGGGAAUGAGACCAAAAAUGAUGAUGCCCUUUGACUCCCAGCCACCCCAGCCUGUGAUUAGUGCCCAUCCCAUCCAUUCCCUCGAUAACCCUCACCAUCAUUUCCACUCCAGCAGCCUCGCUUCUCCAGCUCGCAGUCAUCUCCACCACCCGGGCAGCCCAUGGCCCGUUGGCACAUCCAUGUCCCUUUCAGACAGGGCCAAUUCCACAGAAUCCGUUCGAAAUACCCCCAGCACUGACACCAUGCCAGCCUCCUCGUCUCAGACAUGCUGCACUGAUCAUCAGGAUCCUGAAGGUGCUACGAGCUCCUCUUACUUGGCCAGCUCCCAAGAGGAAGAUUCAGGCCAGAGUCUCCCCACGGCCCACGUUCGCCCUUCCCACCCAUUGAAGAGCUUCGCUGUGCCAGCAAUCCCACCCCCAGGACCUCCCACCUACGAUCCUGCGUUGCCGAGCACACCGUUACUAUCCCAGCAAGCUCUGAACCAUCACCUUCACUCAGUGAAGACAGCCUCCAUCGGGACUCUGGGAAGGAGCCGGCCUCCUAUGCCAGUGGUUGUUCCCAGUGCCCCUGAAGUGCAGGAGACCACGCGAAUGCUGGAAGACUCGGAGAGUAGCUAUGAACCAGAUGAGCUGACCAAAGAGAUGGCCCACCUGGAAGGACUGAUGAAGGACCUAAACGCCAUCACGACAGCAUGACGCCCUUCACCGGGACAUGACUCUAAGCCAGAGUCUAGAAGUCUUGGGACUUAGCCUUGAAAACAAGGAAUUGUACAGAGUACGAGAGGACAGCACUUGAGAACACAGAGUGGGCCAGCAGGCCACCCAGCAGGCCAGCCAGCGCCUCCGUGCAGGCUGGCUCCAGGCAUGGCCGCCUGCCUUCUCCUGGUCAGCCUGGAAAGAGCCUGUGUCAAGGCAGCUUCCCUUUGCCUGCCGAUACCCUGCAGGACUGGGCACCAUGGGCCAAAAUUUUGUGUCCAGGGAAGAGGCAAGAAGUGCAACCUGCAUUUCACUUUGCGGUCAGGCUGUGUCUUCGUGCUGCGACUGCAUCACCUUUAUGGAGUGUAGACAUUGGCAUUUAUGUACAAUUUUAUUUGUGUCUUAUUUUAUUUUACCUUCACAAACAAAAUCACUAUCAAAAACCAAGAAAGUCCGUGGUGUUCUCCGCAAGUGGUUGACGUUUGACUGCUUGUUCCGAUUAUGUAAGGAAAGUCAUUGACCGUGUGGGUUGUUCCAGGGGUUGGCUUGUUUUUUGGUUUUGUUUUUAUAUUUUAAUUCUGAGUCAUUGCAUCCUCUACCAACUGUUAAUCCAUCACUUUGACGGGGAGGAAAUGUUGCAUUGCUGUAAGCUUUUUUUUAUUAUUUUUUAUUAUAAUUAUUAAAGGCCUGACUUUCUCCUCUCAUCACUGUGAGAUUACAGAUCUGUUUGAAUGGAAUGAAAUGUAACAUUGAAAAGA